AUGGCAGCGGUGCGACUACGAAAAGUGUUUCAAUAUCCAGAAGAUUCAGACCAUGAGAAUGACCGUGAGGAGCUUGAUGAGCAGGAACAGGAGCGGGUGAUUGAGCAGCUACAGCGACAGAAUGAUGACCGCAACGCCAAUUACAAUGUUACAUUUACCGGGAUUUCACUGGUCUUGACGACUACUUUCCUACCAUCGAUACUGUGGGCGUCCAGUCUCUCUCAACGCUUUUGUUCCCUUGUAGGGAUCUUCUCCUUGCUAGCGUCAGCCUACUUUAUGCGAUUUUUUCCUCUUCAUCCAGACCGUAAGGGCAAGAAGCCCCUGUUGGCUGAAGAUGAUCGGUGGACUUUGUUUCACGCUGCCCUGAUUCCAUUGAAUGGAGUGGUGUGUGGGUUACUGGCACUUUAUGGCUUCCUAGGAACCCGUUCUUUCGAGCCUUGGUCGGUACUUUAUUUCAUUCCCGGUGCUAUGCUUGGAGCAAUCUUGCUCGCUCGCCAGGUAAUGCUCUCAGUGGACCUUUCUGGACUCAAGGACCUCCAGUACGAGUACAAAGGCGCCUAG